AUGGCUGCACCUGAUGGAAGAUUUGGCACUUUAUAUAAUCGUAUAACACGUACACAUGUUAUUAUUACUGCUUUUAUAGUUCUUGGUUUACUUUCAUUCUCAUUACUUAUUACUGCUAUUGUUCAAGCACAUAGUCGCGGACAAAAUACUAAUACGAAUACGGAUACAGUUAUUGAUAAGAAUGGCAGUUGUCUUACUCAAGGAUGUAUUUCUGCAGCAAAUUAUCAAUUACGUUCAAUAGAUUCUACAGCUUCUUCAAGUAUAUGUACAGAUUUUUAUAAAUAUGCAUGUGGUGGUUGGAAACAAACACAUUUUAUUCAAUCGAAUGACGUUGAACGUACAAUAAUAGGUGAUAUACUCAAUAGACGUGAUGCUGACAUUGAACGUCUUCUUGAUGCACCAAUUCCUCAAUCGAAUCCACAAAGUUGGGAAUAUAAACUUAAGACAUAUUAUUCUGAAUGUAUUGAUGAUUAUGCACGUAUACUUGAUAGUGGAAAAUAUAUGAUAGGAGUUCUACAAGAUCCACAAACUAUUGAUGGUUGGUUUUUAUUUGAUAAUAGUGCAGCAAAUGCUAGUCAAACAUCUUUAUUAAAAAAUCAAAGUUAUUAUACACAAUUAUCUCAUAUACAUGGAGAUUUUGGUGUCACAGCUUUAUUUGGUAUACGUACUAAAUUUGAUGAAACUGAUCCAAGUGUAAAACGACUUGAAUUUCAUCCAGCUGGUUUGACAAUGGAAAUAAAUGAUUAUGUGGGCAAUGACGAUAUAACGCAGGGCCGUCAAGCAGCAUAUCAACUUUAUAUAACUGAUGUCGUAGGUAUAUUAGCAAGAGAAGCUAAGAUAACUGAUGAAAAUCUUACGGAUCGUGCAUUUACUAUUGCUAAUGAUGCAUUUACUAUUGAAAAACUUCUAGCUGAAAGUCUUCAACGUCAUCCUACUGAUAAUAAACCAGUUGUAACAAAUUUACAAAACAUGUCACAAGCAUUUUCAUUUGAUUUUGCUGCAUUAAUGGGACAUGAAUUAGCUGAUCCAAAUGUUAUAAACAUCUUAACACCUGUUUAUGUAACAAAUCAAAUGUAUUUUCAAGAUGUAUUCGGAACUAUACUAGCAAAUGAAGAUCCAAUAUAUCUUCGAAUGGUACAUAAUUAUUUACGAUGGCGUUUACUUUCGACUUACAUUGAAGAUCUAUCAUAUAAUUAUGUUCAUGCACAUCGAAUAUUCUUGAGUGCUUAUUAUGGUUAUUCAUUACAUACAACAAAUGAAGCUUUUUGUGCACGUGAAGUUAUACGUCGUUUUCCACUUGCUAUUCAACGUUUAUAUACAAUGAAUUCUGUAGGACAUUCAACUUUAACAACAGUUCGAAAUAUAUUUCUUGCAUUAAAAGAUGGAUUGAAACAAUAUAUUAACGAACAUGCAACAUGGAUGGAGGAUGAAUCAACAAAGAGAUAUGCUAGAGAAAAAAUUGAUGCACUUACAGAAUCUAUUGGUUAUGCACACAUUGCUUCGGAUGAUACAUUAUUAAAUAAUUACUAUGCUGAAUUUGAAGUAACUGAUGAUUCACAUUUUUUAAAUGCAAUUAAUUAUCAUCGUUUUCAUCGUUGGAGUUUAUCAACAUCGUUAGCAAAUGCAGGUAUACUUGAUCAUUGGGAUUUAUUUGAAACACGAACAAGUCGACUUUUUGAUUAUAUUGCUUCAUUUAAUCGACUUUUUGUUGUUGGAAGUGGUAUGCAUGAACCACUUGUUGAUUCUCAAUGGCCAUGGCCUAUGAAUAUGGGAUCAUUAGGAGUUCUACUUGCUCAAAAACUCUUCGCUAGUAUAGAUGGUCCAGAAGGUCGAACACAUUUGGCAAAUGGAACACAAUUCGAUUGGUGGGCAUCGCCAACAAUACUCGGCUACAAUAAAAGUCGUGACUGUAUAACUAAUUAUUAUGUAAAUGAUUUAAAGCAUGUAGACAUUGAUAUAAAUGGUGCUCUUAUACGUGUUCGAUUAGCUGGUGAACCAUUUUCCUCAACAACACUUCGACAUAUUGGUGCACUUCGUUUUGCAUAUAAUGCUUUAAUGAAAGAUGAUCAAAUGAAAUCAUUUAAAAUGCCAGGAACAUAUUAUACAAGUGCACAAACAUUUUUUCUUGCUUAUGCUCAAACACAAUGUUAUCAAAGAGAUGGACUUUUCGAAGUCGUACGAACGCAAUUAGGUACUUAUGAUGAACAAAUAGCAUUAAAUACUGCUCUUAUUCAUAUGCCAGAAUUUGCUCAAGCAUUUCAAUGUACACCGACACAAGAUAAAUGUUUUGAUUAA